GCUCAGUUUGGAGUGCAUAGUUUGUCGCACAACUCUGGAAGCUCAGCAGCCGGAGAUCUCAGUCGGAGUUUGGGACAAAUGCUAACAGCUGACUCGGAGUUAAAUCAGAAAAGUGACUUUAAUUCGUCCAACUAAAUUGAUUUAUUGAUGAAGUAGAAGAGGGAAGCAAUUGCUGAACAUCCCAAAGAAACCUUCUAGAAGACUUCAUCUCCCACACAUAGGAGCUGAUAUCAUGGCAAUGGAUGCGGCUGUGAUCGGUGCCAACGGAGAGAUGAAGGUUUUCUACAACCAGAACCUCAGUCCCAGCAAAGGUGUCCUGUCCCUGGUGACAGUCCACCCACAGUCUCUCUCUGUGGGGAAACAACUGCUUCCCAAAACCCUGGGGCCCUCCAACGUCAACAUCGCCCCGCACAUGGUGAUGGGUACUCCUCAGAGGCCCAGUGGGUCAGGCGGGUUAGUGAUGGGCAGCCCUCACACACCCAGUACCCAGUACAGACCACAGAGCCAGCCCCCUGAUGCCUCUCCCUGGUCCACCGGGAAGCGUGGUACUGGUAAGAAGGGGGAUAAGAACGGGAAGGGGCUUAGGCAUUUCUCCAUGAAGGUGUGUGAGAAGGUGCAGAAGAAGGGAGUAACUACCUACAAUGAGGUGGCUGACGAGCUCGUGGCAGAGUUCAGCGCCAACGACACCCUCCUCUCGCCCGGCGACUCGCAUUCCUACGACCAGAAGAACAUCCGACGGCGUGUGUACGAUGCACUCAACGUGCUCAUGGCCAUGAACAUCAUCUCUAAAGAGAAGAAAGAGAUCAGGUGGAUCGGCCUGCCCACCAACUCAGCCCAGGAGUGUCAGAGCCUGGAGGUGGAGAGACAGAGACGACUAGAGAGGAUCAAACAGAAACAGUCUCAGCUUCAGGAGCUCAUUCUACAGCAAAUAGCGUUCAAGCGCCUGGUGCAGCGUAAUCGUGCAGCGGAGCAGCAAGCUGGCAGGGCUCCACCCCCAAACUCUGUCAUCAACCUGCCCUUCAUCAUCAUCAACACCUCCAAGAGGACCGUCAUCGACUGCAGCAUCUCCAACGACAAGUUUGAGUACCUGUUCAACUUUGACAACAUGUUUGAGAUCCAUGAUGACAUUGAGGUAUUGAAGAGAAUGGGGCUGGCCUGUGGUCUAGAGGUGGGCCACUGUUCACCAGAGGACCUGAAGGAAGCCCGCACCCUGGUGCCCAGAGCCCUGGAGCCCUAUGUUACAGAAAUGGCCACGGGUCCAAUAAGCAACGUCUACAUCACAGGAGCCUCGUCUACAAACGGAGGAGGACGCCGUCACACAAGUAGCACCGAUGGCACAGUGGCGUCCAUUUCCAACGACUCACACUACAGCGGCUCGCGAGGCCACACCCCCGUGUCCUACAUGGCAGAUGAGGAAGAGGAUGACGAAGACUACGACGACAAUGAUUAAAUCAGUAAUUUCUCACUCAACCAACUCUAACAGCCCAGUCUGAUGACUAACCAGCUGUGUUCCAAAUGGCUUCCUAUUCCCAAUAUACUGAACUACUUUUGACCACGGCCAUAUUGGCACAGAGCUAGUGCACUGUAUAGGGAAUAGUGCCAUUUGGAAUGCAUGCAGCCCAUGUCCCAUGAACAAGUCUCUCCCUUCCUCCAGCUCCAUCUCAGGCCUUCCCUCCACCCCACCAAGCUAUCUACGAGGAGGCCCAUGCUUCUCCUUCCUCAGCUGCCCUCAGAAUGCACAGAGCUCACCAACGCAAUUGCCUUCUGGGAAACGUAGUCUUUGCUGCCACGGACACUGACUGUAUAAUGCCUUUUGUGGGAAUUAAUUUAUUUUCUUCUCCUUCUGAAGCUGUGAUUACUAUGAGUGUAAUCUCCACAACGUGCUCCUCUUCAGCCCGCCUCCCCAUUACAGGAAGUGGGAGCGUUCUCAUGCCAAACUAGUUUUGUUCUUGAGUGAACUGAUACAUGGCCACAGAAAGAUUCCCUCCAGAAACCUGAGAUCUGCCUUGUGUGUAUUACAGUAUUUAACAUUAUGAACAGUAGUGGUGUCAGUCAUUGACAUGACAGUGAAAUUACUUCCUAUACUGCUCCUAGGGGAGAGAGUGUGUGUGUGUGUGUGUGUGUUUUGUACUUUACUUAUUUGUAGUAAUAUUUUCUUAUUUUGUGUGUGUGACUUCCUUCUGGCAGCUAUUUGCCCAUUGAGACAAAACGUACCAAAAUGUUUCUAAAUAUCUCAAUGCUCUACCUAAUGAACGACACCCAGAGGGAAGUAGCUGCGUAUUAUCAAUGAACUGAACUUUGGGGAGGAUGGAGCCAUUCAUAGGGUUGAAACAAGCUCAAGACUUCAGGAUUGUGUCAAAAGCCAAAAUAGGGGAGUCCACUACGAUGACCCCCCCCCCCCAAGGAACUUUUGUAAAACUGAACAAUAUGUCGACUCUGCAAAAUCGUACCUUUAUUUCUUUCUGUUAUCUAAUGAGUUUGGAAAUUAUAGAGAAUAAAUAUAGAGGGUG